CAUUGAAACCGACUUUUCCGUUUUCCUUUUCUUUCCUCCCCCCAAUCUAUCCUAUUCAGCGUGAUAGAAUUCCAUCCAAUUACAGUUCGACUUUUUACUACAUCCUACUGUCUUCCAUAGUAGAUAAUUGGGGCUUCAUCAGUACACCCACUUUGCCAUUCACCUCAUUUUCGUCGAGAUUUUACAAGAUGCUCGCUUCCACCACUGUGUCAUCAUGGCUCCAUCUGUUCAGCACACCUCUCACCCAACGUAGUCUAUGGUCCGAUGAGGUCUUGGCCUUAUGGGCACCCAUUGCUGCUUACUGGAUCUACUCGACUUUCUGGCACCUCGUCAUGAAGGCCGAGAUACCUUAUUUCGAACAGUACCGCAUUCACACCAUGGGCGAUAUGGAAAAACGCAACAAAGUCACCUUCAGCAAGGUCCUCAGUAUGGUGACAUUGCAACAAAUCAUACAGGUCCUGUUGGGCCUCCUCGUCUUGAAACCCACCGAUGCCGUCAAGGCCUCCCUCCAAUACCAGCAAAACGUCCUCUACUGGAAACACACCUUGCAAAUCAUCGCAGCGCGGAUACCGGCUUUUUUUCUGAGCACCACCACCAGCACCAGCACGCAUCACAGUAGCUGCAACGGCAGUAGCUGCACGAGCAGUAGCUCUACAACUACAACUACGACGACGACGACUACGACGACUACUACGAAUAGUAUGAUACCGGGCAUGAGCGUCGACAUGACCGACGUCGUCAGCCUCUCCAUGGCCCAAGGCAUCGAAUGGGUCCUGAAACCCACCGCGCAAUUUAUCCUCGCCAUGUGCAUCUUGGACGCUCAUCAAUAUUUUUUGCAUCGUCUCUUUCACACCAACAAAUUUCUGUACAAACACAUCCAUUCGCAUCACCAUCGAUUGUACGUUCCUUAUGCUUUUGGCGCCCUCUAUAACCAUCCCCUCGAAGGCUUCUUGUUGGAUUCUUUGGGCGCCACGCUCGCCAUGGAAUUGACCGGCAUGACCGCUCGCAUGAGUUUUCUCUUUUUCACCUUUUCUACAUUAAAGACCGUCGAUGAUCAUUGUGGAUACGCUCUACCUUGGAAUCCAUUGCAAUUCUUUUUUGGCAAUAAUGUCCAGUAGUAAAGUAUCAUUCCUGGAGUGUUUUCCAUUGUAGGAUGCUAUGACUCACUUUUUUUUUCCCUCUUUGUUCUAUGAAUAGCCAUGAUAUCCAUCAUCAAUCUU